UCUGCCGCCAUUUUAAAAGUUCAUCUUUUGGCAACAUCUUAAUUUUAAGUACCCACUCGGGGUAAUAAAUAAGUGUUUAAUGGAGUAGAUAACAUGGCGGUGCCCAAGCUGGACUUGGAUUUGUUUGAGGACAGCAUCCUCGAUUCGUGCUGGAAAGUGGGAGGACGAGUGCGCAAGUCCCACUCUUGGGCAUCUUUUCACCUCGAUCGGAAAGAGAUCGUCGCUGUGGAUAUAGUCGCUUGUUGCAAGCAAAUCACCAGUUUAAUAGAAGAAAACACAUUUAGAGAUCUUCAAUUAAAUCAAUUGGAGAGAAGGAACAAGCGAAGCUUUAUUUUUAGGGAUAUUGCUCGCUUGACCUUCGGCGUUGCCGACAUUUAUAGAUGUCAGGUGGACAUACUUUUGGGGGAUACUAAGCUUUUGUUGGAUCAAAUGAAACGGACCAACCUAGGCUUUGUUCUUACAACCACGAAAUCUGUAGUGGUCAAGGAAGCGAAAUUCGAAAACCAGCGCAAGCGGGUGACUACCAAGAAAUCAAAGAUCACCCUCUCCAAACGUCCCAGACUUGAGGAGUCGGAACUUCUGAACCAAUCCUCGCAGGAGUAUUACGGAAAAUUGCUAUCCGAAUGUCAGUUGUGGCAAACAGAGUACACACAAAAGGUGGAAGAGGACUUGGACGAGACCAUUGAAGCACCCAGAAGUUGUACACAAGCGAAGUCAUACCACGCCAUUACCAUGACCGAAGAAAUUAACGUUCACGAAGAUCAGAGCCAAAUCAUGCCAUCUGAUGGUUUUGGCGAUGACGAGGAGUUGGAUUUAACCAUGUUUCAAGAACUUUUCCCCAAAAACCACCAAAGGACAGCCUUAAAGCGGCUCUCAGUAACCGAGGACCCAAUUGACAUUUUACCAGAUAAAAUGCCGAGAUUGGAUGGAGUGGACAUUUUUCAAGCUGACAAUGCUAUCAUGACCCAAAUCUAUCCGCAUAAUAUUGAAUCAGCUGACGUAACUCAAAUAUGCUGCGAACCUGAAAUCCCUUACAUAUUGGAGCAUUCUAAAGAAAUUACAUGCAGCCAGCCGAAGAAUCCUCUCAAAAGAAAACUGAUUGUGGACAAGCGUAUAGAAUUCACUCGGGAGCAACUGGUGAAACAACGGCACAAAUACUUGGAUGAAUUGAACUGCAGAGCAGUAAUGGUAAAAAACCCAAGCAAACGACGAGAAACACCGAAUGAACUUUUAUGCAAACUCAAUAACAAAUCAUUUUGUUCAGCUAUUAAUUACAUCGGCAUUAGCUCAAAAGGAGGUGAAAUGCAAGACGAGUCUGAAAAUACAUUGAGAACCAUCUUUGGCAGCGAAUUUACAGAGACUCUUUCCAAGGAAAUCUUUGCUCCGCCAGCUCGCAAGAAAAUUUCAAGAAAUAAAAGGACAUAUUUAAAUCACUCCGUUCCCCUUGAAAUGGAAGAGAUUCCAAGAUCUCCUGAGCCACCUAUCGAUGCAAUUGUACCAAUCUAUAAUAACAAUUUUAAUGAACAUAGAACAUUGUGUCAAGAUAAUCAUUUUGAUACCCACAGCGUAAUGAUGGAUCUCCUAAGCAUUUGGCGUAAUAACCCAGAAAUUACUGGAAUCGAUGCCGUUGGAUUUAUCAAAUCCUUUGUUGAUCGCAUCAAGGCUGCACUAGCUUUUCUUCAUUUGCUGUAUCUAAUUCGCGACAGUUUUAUAGAGAUCUCGAAGCGGGCUAACACCAUUGAAAUGGACCAAAUUACUCUGGGAAAAGAAUCCGCUAAGCUUAUAGAAAAUAUUUCGCUUGGCGAUAUUUUCUAGAGUUAUUUAAACUAGUCUUUAAACCGUUGUUUUCACAAUUAGUAAUUGUUAAUUUCGUCAUGUGAUCCUAAAACAUGUAUUACUGUGUAAGAAUAAGCUAGAAGUUGCGUAAUUUUCUAAGCAAAAACUGAAUAUUGCCUUAGUGUCAUCUUUACGUUGUUAUUGUUUAAAUGGGCAAUGAUGCCCAAGUCAAAUCGUUUAGUUUUUCCUUGUCGAUAAAGUACUGUCCAUUUUCAUUGAACCCAAUUAAACUCGUUUACAUAUUUCUGUUACUAUUA